GGCGAAAGAGCCACCAAAUUGGAAGAACCAUCCAGUACACCACCGUCCAGAUGUUGUGUUCACAACAAAGUACAAAUCUUGUGGUUGGACAAAUUCAGGCCUCACAAAUUAUUCUGGUCGCAGUUCAACAAACCCCACAAAAUUGCAAUUUUCCUCUUUAGCAUUUUUCCACUAAUCACGUCUCGAAUUCCAAAUUUGAGAGCCCUUUUGCUGCAAACACACGUCUCUUUGAAUUUCAAUCGUCUAAUAUUCAAAAAUCUCCAGUUUUCUUGGACAACCCAGCUAGUAUUCUCGAUUUUUCUUUAUUGGGUUGUCCCAAAUUUUCUUAUAAACAUAUUUCUAGGCUGAAUUUUGUGUUAUAAUAAGAAUGGUGGGGGCUUUUUCUGUUUUGGGUUCAUCAAUGGUUGAUUCUCAUACUUGUUCAUGCCUGUGUUUGGAUGUGAUGCCUUCAAGCAAUUUGAGGAGGGGAGAUUGGAUUUUUCCUAGGAAUUCAAUGGGUAGAAAGCAUAGGCCUCGUCCAGGUUCAUUGGCUUUGAGCAGCUCAUUUCUUGAUUAUUCUUCAGUGAAGGCUCUUUCAGUCACCAAGAAUUUCAAAAAACAAAGGAGAAUGAGGAGUGUGAUUGUGGAUGAAUUGGCUGGACAGUAUGAAGACAAUUUUGGAGAUGUCACCUCUCAAAUUCUCAACUAUUUCACUUACAAAGCCGUGCGGACUGUCUUAAACCAGCUUUAUGAGAUGAACCCUACACAAUACCGAUGGUUUUAUGAUUAUGUUGCAACUAAUGAGCAUGGUUAUGGAAAGCGCUUCCUUCGUAACCUUGGGAAGGAGAAGCACGAGCUUGCUGAAAGAGUAAUGGUUACACGCCUUAACCUGUAUGGAAAAUGGAUAAAGAAAUGUGAUCAUGCUGCAAUGUACAAAAGGAUCUCCGAUCAGAAUUUGGAGUUGAUGCGCGAACGCCUCAUUGAGACUGUGAUAUGGCCGUCUGAUGACACAAACACAGAGGUCGUUGGCUGAAUUUCUUGCUGUUUCUUUUGUUCCUGUUGCCUAAGGAGAUCUUAUCUAGUGUCGUUUACAUUAUGUUUUCGAAAGCUCUACAUUCUUCUGUUGUUGAUCAA